GAAUAUUAAAUCGCUUAACUGCCAACGGCCAUGGAUGGAUGGGCUGCUGCAUCCACAUGAUGAUGAUGAUGAUGCCGAUGAUGAUGGGGAUGAUGGGGAUGAUGGAGAUGAUGAUGUGAAUGAAUGAGGAUGGUCUGUGUGCGUGUGGCUGGCCUCACUGUUUGGCCCUGGGCGGAAGUGGCGACACUUAAUUGUGUAUUGAGUGCGUUUUCAAUUUUAUUGAGCUGUGUGCCUGCCGCUCUGAAGAGUAAUGUGAAGUAUUGCGGUUUGGUCAUUAAAUCUGUGUGUGCCCGCUCUGCAGGAAAGUAUGCUAUGGAGCCCGUAAACGAGGGCCCUCUGUAACUCCCAGAACUCAUCAGCAUUAUCUAAGCAAAUUAUCACGUAAUACACGAGGCUACAAGUACUCUCUGCCGCAGUAUAUUUUGCUAUCAGUAAGUCACAUGCAAAAAUAUUCCGACCACACUAUCUUCAGAUACCCCCGAACAGAAGCCAGUCUUCAGAAGCCAUCCAGCCACAACAGUCGCACAAAAUGUCAACGAAAAGCAGUAUCUCCUGGUUCCACAUGGCUCUGGUGACCUUCGUGGGCUAUCGAACUUUGGCCCUGGACUAUGAGGAGUGUGCCAGUGCCCCCAAGCUGGGUGUCUACGUGGCCAGCCACAGCAAUUGCUCCAAGUACAUUUACUGCGCCGGAGCGGGUUCCUUCGAGGCCGAGUGCCUGGGCGAGCACUACUACGACGACAUCACGGAGCGGUGUGUGGAUCGCGCCCUGGUGAAGCGAUGCCAGGCAAAGGGAUCGGAUUUGGCAGCCAGCACCACCGAAUCGCCAGCGAAUCGAGAAACUUUGACGGACCUGAUAGUCAACACAACGAAAUCCCCACAGCCUCUGGCCAUAACCCUCCGCUUACUGCAGAAUGCCGGGCCCUGUUAUCCUUAUAUGGUCUGCUACGAGGGAGCGGGCCUGGCCAAGACCUGCACGCCCGCCCAGCUGGUGUCCUGCGUCCAGAGGCAACCGGCCAGAUCCAUCAUCAGCUGCCUCACCGGUGUCUACGGCUUCAUACCGCAUCCGAGCAAUUGCGCCUACUUCUACUACUGCUCCAACGGCUACAAGAUCAUCCAUCGCUGUCCCCUGAACUACACGUGGAACUACGAGCAGCGCUCCUGCGUGCAGAGAUCCCAGCAAAAGUGCUACAGCCAGGCACUAAGACUGCGGAAGCGAUAUCCAUCAAAGCCAUUGCCGAACACGGCGCAAUGAUUGGAGGCCUUAUCAGCAGCGCAGACAGAACAUGGCCUUGCCACAUCAGUUUGAAAAUAGAUUUACUUUUAGUUUAAAGUUAGUGUAAAUAGCUAUUCAUUAAAUUAAGAGCUGCAAAUGGUGAACAAUGAGAGUUGUUCCAUG